UUCGAAAAACCUCGGAUCAUGUUUUGUUAAUGAUGGCGACAGUCGUGUUAGACAAUGGAGCGGGAACAGCUAAAGUGGGAUAUGCCACAGAUAAAGAACCGAGGGUUGUACCAAACUGUGUAACAAAAGCUAAGAAUGUGAGGACAAGGAUAUUUAUUGGUGACCAGAUUGAUGAUUGUAAAGAUUUGUCUGGACUCUACUAUCUACUGCCAUUUCAGAAGGGUUACUUGGUAAAUUGGGACAUAGAAAGACAAGUAUGGGACUACCUCUUUGGCAAAGAUGUGAUGAAGGUGGAUUUCAAUGAAACAAACAUCAUUGUUACAGAACCUUAUUUCAACUUCAAUUCUGUACAAGAGGCCAUGAAUGAAAUCUUUUUUGAAGAAUAUGCCUUUAAGUCUGUAUUAAAAACUAACCCCUCCUUCCUGAGUCAGUAUAAGUACUCUAAGGAGACUAAUGCCCCGCCUCUAUGUAAUAUAGUACUGGACACAGGCUAUUCUUUCUCUCACAUUGUCCCAUACUUCAAGGGCAAGAAAAUCACUGGAGCAGUCAAGAGAGUAAAUGUUGGUGGAAAAUUACUAACUAAUCAUCUGAAAGAAGUAAUAUCAUACAGACAGUUGAUGGUAAUGGAUGAAACAUAUGUGAUAAAUCAAGUGAAAGAAGAUGUUUGUUAUGUUUCUACACAGUUCAUGAAAGAUAUGGAAAUUGCCAAAAAGAGAGGUAAAGAAAACACAAUAGCCAGAGACUAUGUCCUGCCAGAUUAUACACACAUCAAGAGGGGGUAUGUCCGACCCCAGGAGGAGACUACAGGGAAGGCCAAAGAUGGAGAGCAGAUAAUUCGUAUGAACAAUGAAAGGUUUGCCAUACCAGAGCUAAUCUUUCACCCGUCAGAUGUGGGGGUGCAGGAAAUGGGCGUGGCUGAGGCCUUAGUGUAUGCCGUCAGCACUCUGCCUGAAGAGAUGCGUCCUCAUAUGUACUCUAACAUCGUAUUGACGGGUGGGAAUUGUUUACUACCAGGAUUUUCUGAGAGAUUUUAUGCUGAUGUAAGAAGUAUGGCUCCUGAAGAAUAUGAUAUCUCAACUAAAAUGCCAAGCAACCCUGUAACUUACGCAUGGGACGGUGGGCGAUUGCUGGCUAACACUGAGGAAUAUAAGAAAAUGGCUGUUACCAGGGAACAAUAUGAAGAACAUGGUCACAGUAUUUGUGCUGAAACUUUUGAUAUCUGAUAAUGAACUCAAGAGUUUUAUGAAAGGUAGAAUUUGUUCAGGUGAACAACUCUACACAAUCUGCAGAAAAUGUGAGCUUUGACUCAAAGUUUGUGGUGCAGAUCUGAAAUACUGGAAGAAUAUGAAGUAACAGCAAAUUAUCAUGCAUAGGUUGACCCUUUUUUCCAUGAAGUUUCCAUGGACCAGAGGAAAUACUUGGUUUUAUAAAGCACUGUCUGGAAGUGUUGCUAGAGAUGGUAUAGAAAUGAAUUACUUGUAAUUUUUAUGAUGAACAGAGUAGUUAAAUAUCUUUUUGAGGCCAUUUUUUUUUUUUACUUUUUUAAAAAAAAAAUAUUAUAUUGAAUAAGCUAUCAGUUUAUUAAGAGGACCAGAGAGAUACAGAAGCUGUGAGGAAAUCCCAAAAUAGAAUGUAUAUAUAAUGCAUUGCUAGUUAACAUCUUAUAAAAUGUUAAUAGUAGAAAAUUUGUUUUCCUGGGAUGACAGUCCACAAUGUAUUUACUUUAUCAUUUGGAUAUUUCAUCGAAAAAUGGUUGCAAUUAAUGUUACACAAUAUUAUUUAUGUAAAACAAAUAAAUAUGGCAUGUAGUAUAUAAAAAUUAUUAAACUAGGUAAAAAUCCAUUUUACCUAAAGUAUGAUGAUCUAUUCAAUGUUAAGAUAUUUUUACUGUGUGUUUUUAUAUCUGAAGUUACAUGUAUCCUUUAAAAUUAUUGACAAAGAAAACAAAGAAUAAGUAUGUCUCCUCAGAAAGAUUUUAAAUCAUGUUGAAUAUGCAGAAUUAUACAUUUGAUUGAUAACAACAGCCUUGUAGUAAUCAUUAGCUGUACAUGCAUCUUUUUUUUUUUAUUAAAUCAGUCCAACAGUUAAUUUUUUGAUUUUUUUUUUCAUAAGUUCUCAUGGAAAACAUUCUCUUACCUGUAUUGAGGUAUUGAUGGUUCAGCGAAAACGAAGGAGUUACAAAAACAUUAAA